AUGAUACCAAACUCGUUCCUACAAGAUGUUAUUUUAGAAAAUUGGUUUCGCGAAUUGAAUGAACAUUUAAAUGAAUGGAAUGACAACUCUGUUAAUAACAUUAACAGUCAGAUAAGUUAUUUUAAUUCUCUCAAAAUAUACAAUGAAUCUAUCUAUUCACAUUUGAAAUCUACAAAUAUUAUCAUUAAUGAAACAGUAAACACAUUACUAUCGAAUAAAUACGAACUAAGUACUGAUGGAACAAAUAACAACUUUGAAAUUAUUAGAGAUAAUCUAACCAUUCAUACAGAUUUUUUGGAUGAUAUUUUUGGAAACAUUACAAAUUCAUUGCAUAAUUUGAAUGAAGUUUUGCAAACAAUUGGAUUUGCUAAUCAAUCAAAUAAUAUAUCAUAUACUAUGACCUCUAAUAAUAUACAAGUUUCAUCUCUAACUGAAAAUUUUAAAACUGAUGUUAUGGGUUUGCUAGAAAGUUUGAAGCUAAACAAUAUAUCAAACUCAUACAAUGAGGUCAACUUUACAAAUGCAAUAAAUAAUAUAUCUACAAAUGGAAAGUACACCACAACUAUCGCAUCAGAGCUCAAACUUGUCAAUAAACGAAUGCUAAAUGUUAUCAGUAUUAUUAUUUACAUUGGAAUUUUAUUAACAACAUUUAUCACCAUGGUAAUAAAUUAUUAUCUGUUAAAAUAUGAGAAAUCGUUAUUCAACAACUUAUUUGCUAAUAUUGCGGAUGUUGGUGGUGAUAAGGACACACUAAUACCACUAAUUACAGAGAGAGAUAAUAUUAUCGAAAUAGUAGAUACUAUGAAGUAUUCUUUAUGCCAUGCUUUGGAAAAUAUAAUGAUAAACACAAUUCGUUUUCUGGCAAAUUUUAGGACCAAAUUAUUUUAUCUAAAUAUGACUUUAUUCUACAAUAACAAAAUUUGGAUAACAUUUUUUUCAAGUAUUAUAAUAGUAGAAGUAUUCUUACAUUCUAUGAUACUUAAUAUUAACACAUUCAAUAACAAUUCCACUUAUAUUAGCACAAUUGAUAAAUUUAUACAGACCAAUUUUCAAGUAUCUAAUGAUGCCAUAUACACAAACAAUACUGGUUUUAAUUUUACGACUAAUAACAUUUAUUCCUUAAACUCAGAAAAUGAAUUUGCUAAUUUUGAAAAGUCAUUAAUCAAAAUUGAUAAUGCAUACAGAAGAAAUCUUUUCUUUAUAUUGAACAACGAUAUUAAUAAUAGUUUACUUUCCGACGUAAAUGGAAUUCUAAUAAAUAAAUUAGACACAAUUUCGUCCACUAUCAAGUUUUUAAAUAAAAAUUUAAAAGAACAAAAGCUACAGCUUUUGGGGGAAAUAAAUUUUACUAGCAUGAAAGAAAACGUCACACUGCCAAUCUCAAUAUUUUCCAAACUAGAUGCUUCCAAGCUUUUAGUUUCAAGUUCCAUUAAUGAAUAUACAAUAAAUGAUUUCAAUAUUGAGACAAUAAAUUCGAACUAUCUUGAUAAAAGUUUAAAUGAAUCAUCUAUCAACACAUAUAAUAUAACUACUCAAGUCAUAAAAAAUGGAAAUUCAAAUACCUCAGUAAAGUUAUGGUCAAUCCUCCCGGUCCUCAUCGUAGCCUUACUAUACUCACUACUAUAUAACGGGUCAUUGAAUUUUACUUAA